UAGAGAACAUAUCAGUCUACUUAUCUAUUCUUUCUCUUUGUAUGUUAUUCUUCACAGUUGUACGCAUCCCUGGACUUUGGGAGAAAAUGGCAGCUGGUUCAUGAGCAUGUGAAGAGGUUCUACUGACCUGUAACGGGUCUACACAAGGAGUCAGAUCUGGUUCAUAUGGAGGCACACCCCCCUAAUGGACGUUACUACAGCAGGACAGGCCAGCUACUAUGUGUCUUACCAGAGGGAUCCAUUCCUCAAACUCAAACUGCUGAAAUAUUCUCUGCCUAAGGUAGCAGGUACUGUACCAAAGGCAUGCUGAUCGCUAACAUGAGGCUGGACAACCAGGUGAAGACCUACAUCACCUACAACAAGGGUCGUAAUUGGAGGUUGCUGCAAUCCCCUGCGACAGACUUGGCUGGCAACGAUAUCCACUAUGUGCUGCCGGUGAUCAGCUUAGACGGGAGAAUCUCAUACACCUUCACCAGCGAGGGAAUGAACACUGUUACGGUCCAAGUGUCUUUAGCCAACACCAUACUGCAAGACACCAAGACGAUAGCAGUCCAAGAGUUCUUCAAAUCUCUGCUUUUAUCUUUCUCCCCUAAUCUGGACGAGUACAAGCCUCACAUCCCCGAGUGGAGACAGGAUGUGGGUAGAGUCAUUAAGAAGGCUCUGCUCCAACACCCUUGGUGGAUUCCAUGCCGAGACACAGCAGUUCAGCCAUGCUGAUGCUCCUCUCAGUAGUAUUCCUGGGUUUAGCAGUGUUUCUCAUCUACAAAUUCAAGAUUUAUGUACAGUACAUUAUGAUUAUAUCUUUGAACACUAUAUCGAAGCACAGUUCAAAUCACCUGCCAUCGUCGUUAACCUUUUCACACGUACCAACAAACAGGUGUGAUCAUUCUACAGUGGUGCCUGCAGCGUACGCUCAAACCAGUGUGAUUAAAAUGCUUAUUUAAAACGCCCAGUUUCGAUUGACGCAAAAGACAGCAUUUGAGCUGGCCACACUGUUUUUUCACAGAAAAAUUUAGCAAAAACGAAUGUCCAGAAUGUGACCAGUUUAUUUUUGGAUGCAAUGUUCAGACAUUUACUGAAGUAUCUACAUCAUAACGCAAUCAUCCAAACCGGAAAAUGUAGGGAUGUAAAUUAGCUAAUAGCAAUGAACAUGUAUACAUAAUCACAUCACUGUCGAGCUCACCUUUGAUCAAAAUAAUUGAGUAAAAGAUUUGCUAGAAAUUGAAAGAAAUCUGACGAUGGGUAUUUUGUGCUCUACCAUGUAUGUUUUUUGUCUCGCAUCAACCAAAGAUAAUAAGAGGAGACAAGAUGAGUUGUGUCUGUUUAUAGUAUGCAUGUUGAAGGGGAUGUGUCGUCUACCAAUGAGUGCACCCUCCCUCACCAUAUUAUAACAUAUAUGGUCUAACAGACUUUUACGUGAAACCCACAUUGCAUUGUAUGUCAGCAAACAUGGCUCUACACAUAGCUGGCAAAUAGAUUAGCAUUAGCUCAUUAGAAUCACGACAACAAAAUACCCCAAAAAUAUUUUAGACACAUCAUAGGUGUCCAUUACAAUCUAUGCAUUAAUCGGAAUGCAUUAUUUGUCACUUGAAGUACUUGAAAACAUGUGAAUAAAACUGUAAAUACAUACAUACAUACAUACAUACAUACAUACAUACAGUUGAAGUCGGAAGUUUACAUACACCUUAGCCAAAUACAUUUAAACUCAGUUUUUCACAAUUCCUGACAUUUAAUCCUAGUAAAAAUGUUCCCUGUCUGUGAAAUGUCAGAAUAAUAUUCAAAUCAAAUCCAAUUUUAUUUGUCACAUACACAUGAUUAGCAGAUGUUAAUGCGAGUGUAGCGAAAUGCUUGUGCUUCUAGUUCCGACAAUUCAGUAAUAACCAACGAGUAAUCUAGCUAACAAUUCCAAAACUACUACCUUAUACACACAAGUGUAAAGGGAUAAAGAAUAUGUACAUAAAGAGAGAGAAUUAGAGAGAAUGAUUUAUUUCAACCUUUACUUCUUUCAUCACAUUCCCAGUGGGUCAGAAGUUUACAUACACUCAAUUAGUAUUUGGUAGCAUUGCCUUUAAAUUCUUUAACUUCGGGUAGGCUUCCACAAGCUUCCCAUAAUAAGUUGGGUGAAUUUUGGCCCAUUCCUCCUGACAGAGCUGGUGUAACUGAGUCAGGUUUGUAGGCCUCCUUGCUCGCACACACUUUUUCAGUUCUGCCUACAACAUUUCUAUAGGAUUGAGGUCAGGGCUUUGUAAUGACCACUCCAAAACCUUGAAUUUGUUAUCCUUAAGCCAUUUUGCCACAACUCUGGAAAUAUUCUUAGGGUCCUUGUCCAUUUGGAAGACCCAUUUGCGACCAAGCUUUAACUUCCCGACUGAUGUCUUGAGAUGUUGCUUCAAUAUAGCCACGUAAUUUUCCUGCCCCACGAUGAUCUAUUUUGUGAAGUGCACCAGUCCCUCCUGCAGCAAAGCACCCCCACAACAUGAUGCUGCCACCCUCGUGUUUCACGGUUGGGAUGGUGUUCUUCGGCCUGCAAGCCUCCCCCUUUUUCCUCCAAACAUAACAAUGGUCGUUAUGGCCAAACAGUUCUAUUUUUGUUAUAUCAGACCAGAGGACAUUUCUCCAAAAAGUACAAUCUUUGUCCCCAUGUGCAGUUGCAAGCGGUAGUCUGGCUUUUUUAUGGCGGUUUUGGAGCAAUGGCUUCUUCCUUGCUGAGCGGCCUUUCAGGUUAUGUCGAGUUUUAAUGACUCCAUCCUAAGUGUAUGUAAACUUCUGACGUCAAAUGUAUGUACAGUACAAACUCGUUUUUCAACCACUCCACAAAUGUCUUGUUAACAAACUAUAAUUGAUUGUGGACAACAGGAAAAGGAGGACUGAGCACGCCCCCAUUCUCAUCGACGAGGUUGUAGUAGAGCAGGUUGAGAUCUUCAAGUUUCUUGGCAUCUACAUCACCAACAAACUAACAUGGUCCAAGCACACCAAGACAGUCGUGAAGAGGGCACAACAAAACCUAUUCCCCCUCAGGAAACUGAAAAGACUUGGCAUGGGUCCUCAGAUAUUCAAAAGGUUUUACAGCUGCACCUUUGAGAGCAUCCUGACUGGUUGCAUCACUGCCUGGUAUGGCAACUGCUCAGCCUCCGACCGCAAGGCACUACAGAGUGUAGUGCGUACGGCCCAGUACAUCACCGGGGCCAAGCUUCCUGCCAUGCAGGACCUCUAUACCAGGCGGUGUCCGAGAAAGCCCGAAAAAUUGUCAAACACUCCAGCUUUCCUAGUCAUAGACUGUUCUUUCUGCUACCGCAUGGCAAGCAGUACCGGAGCACCAAUUCUAGGUCCAAGAGGCUUCUAAACAGCUUCUACCCCCAAGCCAUAAGACUCCUGAACAGCUACACAAACUGCCACCCAGACUAUUUGUAUUGCCCCCCUACGCUGCUGCUACUCUCUGUUAUCAUCUAUG